AAUAAAUUCUCAGGAGAAAGUCGGUCUGAUCAUUGCAAUCAUUGCAGCAACUAAACACCAAAGCUCAAUGGAUCACUUUGAUUUGGAUGCUCUGGAGAGCCUGUCUCAGUACACAUCUCCUGUUGGCAACACCAAGAAUAUGCAGUGUGAAAUCAUUGAGCUUAGCAACAGUCUGGACCUGAUGGUUACACGCAACAGGAAGACCAUGAAGGGCGUCGCUAACCUGGUGCUCGCUCUCAACAAGCUGAGCAAGUUCAAGUUUGACAGAGACCUCAGCAAUGCUCAGCUCUGCAACACUAUCAUGGACUGUGUGAUGGAAGAAAUAGUAGUUGAGAAAGGCAGCAGCUUCUGCACAGAAGAGAAAAACUUCAACUAUUCUAGGCUUGUGAAACAUGUAGAGCUAAGUGACGAAUACAAGAAAGAUCUCAUUCAGAAUUCAGAAGAGUUCAGGCUGCAGGCCAUCACCCUGAAAGGCGGAUACUGUGAUCUUAAAGUGAAUUUUGAAAUGUCCUGCUACAGACCUGCAACCUGCUACCCCAACACGGGUUUUACGGUCCACCUAUCAAUCAGGUCUGACUCCAAGAAGUUGCAUUUGUGUUGCUCUAAACCAGAUGAUAAAGUGUUGCUGUUUCUGAAGGAUUGCAGUGACAAGUGUUUGAGCCCAGAUGAACAAAUGCAUGACUCCCUUUUCAACAAGUCCAUGGUGUGUCGAGAUAUGGCCACCUUCGAGUCAGUGAAGUACCCAGGCUGGUUCAUCAGCACUGCCUUUGAAGAACGGGAUGACUCGGUAGAGAUGUGCCAGGCAGACACUGCCUUUCGUGUCACCUCCUUCAAUUUUCGUUUUAAAGACUGAUUUUGGAUUAAUGCUCAGUGGCUCAGUGUGUAGCACUGCCGCCUUGCAGCAAGAAAUUCUGGGUUCGAUUACCAGCCCAGAGUUUGCAUGUUCUCCCUGAGCGUCCAUGGGUUCUUUCUGGGUACUCUGGCUUCCUCCCACAGUCUUAAAACAUGACUGUUAGGUUAAUUGGCUUCUCUAAAUUGUAUGGAUGGAUGGAUGGAUGAUUUAGAAUGAAUCUGUACUUCACCACUAGAUGGAGCAAUAUAUUCCUUUUUACCUGUAGGUUGCAGUUUUUAGCAGCCAAAAAAAAAAGUUAAUGAAAAAAAAAUAACUUUCCUUCUGGAAAAAUUAGGAAUACUUUUUUUUCUUUUUCGUUUUAGUAUUCUCUUUUUCUUCUGGAAAUCAUGUAAAAGGAUAUUCCUUAAAUCAUUAUUGUAAUGGUCUUUUUGCCGGUAGUCUUACUUUUUGUAAAUAUUUUUUUCAUUAUUUGAGUUUUAUUAAAGCUAAAAUAAUAAUAAUCUAAAGGAUUUGUUUAUUUUUAUAAAUGUUACCUUAUUUUGUUUUUUUGUGUUAAUCUAUAUAAAAUGCAUCUUUGACCUUUAAUCCAAAGGAUCAGUUAUUAUCAGAACUAUAAGCUACUUAGGAGAAAGACGACCAUUCUGGAUCCUUCAGAGAUGAUGGUGUUGAAACAGAGGAAAGAGGCAAAAAGCGAUGAUGUUGUAGAAGUCCACAGAUGUUCUCUGAAGAGGCCUUCAACUCUAUUUUUUAUUUCUGUUUUUUCUGCUUCCUUGUCUUGGUUGUGCUUUACAGGAGAAACAUGUACUAGAAGAGCUAGUUUGCUUUGAAUGUUCUGCUUCCCUAAAAGUUAUAAUCUGUAAAUAAAUAAAUCUUUGUUACUGUUGGAUCAUGUCAUUUAAUUUUUGUAAUAAUAUAAUAAAAAGU